GGCGGUCAUCAACAAAAAGAGUUAUGGCGGCAGAAUCAACAUCGUCACUAGAAAGUCAAGUUGCCGGCUUGACUUCUUUGGUUAAGGAUUUUCUUUUAAAUUCCAAAACCCAAGAAGUUAAGGUCUGCGGCAUUUGUACACAACAAGGCCACCCCACCGAUGCAUGCCCGACGCUGCAAGAAGACAACUCCGAGCAAGUCAACGCUUUGGAGUUCCCAAAUCAAAGAAGGUACGACUCCUAUGGCAAUACUUAUCAUCCCGGGUUUAGAGAUCACCCCAAUUUGAGAUAUGGGAAUCCGCAAGGAAACCCACCACAAAAUAACCCUCCACAAAACCAAUUUCCUCAAAAGCAACCAUACUCUAAACCCCAAGGGCAAGGCUCAACUAUGUCCACCGAAGACAUGAUCCGAGCACUCACCUCAAAUGUCUCAACCAUGCAACAAAACAUGGUUCAAUUCCAACAUGAGACAAAAUCAAGCAUCCAAAACCUUGAGAAUCAAAUGAGCCAAAUCUCAAGUGCGGUGAGUAGGCUUGAAGCCAAGGAUUCAACAAAGCUUCCAUCUCAAACGGAGCCGAAUCCUAGGCAACAAGCCCAUGCGGUAACAUUGAGGAGUGGCAAAGAGUUGGUGAUUGCCAAGGAGAAAGCCAAAAGCCACAUUGGCGAGGAAGAAGAAGAGGAGAUUGUGGACAAAGCUCUACCGGAAGAGGAGGAGGUUCACAUGCCGACUCCACCACCGGCCAUCCAAGAAGUUGAAGCCCCAUUUCCCGAAGCUCUGAAGGAAACACGGAAGGUGGAGAAAGACAAAGAUAUCUAUGAGACUUUCUCCAAAUGUGAGGUAAAUAUCCCCCUCCUUAACUUAAUAAAAGGUGUCCCUAGAUUUGCAAAAUUUUUCAAAGAGCUUUGUACAAUAAAAAGAAAACAUAGACUCAAUGGAAAACAAAAAGUUCAAGUUAGUGAACGUGUUUCCGCGGUCUUUCAAAAGAAACUUCCAAAGAAAUACAAUGACCCCGGAAUGUUCACUAUACCUUGUAAGUUGGGCGGCACUACGUUUUCAAAGGCCAUGCUAGAUUUAGGAGCAUCAAUCAAUGUUAUUCCUUAUUCUUUGUAUAAAUCACUUGAGCUUGGCCCUUUAAACGAAACCGGAGUGGUUAUCCAACUUGCGGAUAGAUCAAACGCCUACCCUAAGGGUAUUGUCGAAGACGUACUAGUUAUGGUAGACAAUUUGAUCUUUCCCGCCGACUUUUAUGUUUUGGAAAUGGAAAAUGAUAAGAAUGCGGUUCCUAUCCUUUUAGGAAGGCCAUUUCUAAAGACCGCUAGAGCUAAAAUUGAUGUUUUUAGCGGAUCUUUAACAAUGGAAUUUGAUGGAGAUAAAGUUGAAUUCAACAUUUAUGACUCCAUGAAAUACCCAAAUGAAAAUCAUUCUCUAUUUGUCAUUGAUAUUAUUGAUCCUCUUGUACAAGAUACUUUUGAAAUAAAUGGAGAGGACGAAUUAUUGAGCAUGAUUGAAAAUGAUUUCGGGGAAAAUUCUUUAGAACUUGCCUUGACUCCCAAUAUGCAAACCAUGAUGGUGGAAUUGGAUAAUCACUUCCAACUUCCACUCAUGCCACCGGGGUCAAGAGCAUUUCCACUAACCAUCCCCGAAGAGAAGCCUUUACCUUCCAUUUUGCAGGCCCCCGAUGUUGAGAUAAAGCCACUCUCAAAACACUUGAAAUAUGUGUUUUUGGGAGAAAAAGAAACCUUGCCGGUCACAAUCUCAAACAAAUUGACCGGAGAUCAAGAAGAGAAGUUGAUUGCAGUGCUUAAAGAGCACAAACUUGCAAUCGGAUGGACUAUAGCCGACAUCAAAGGCAUUAGUCCAUCUACAUGUAUGCACCGCAUUUUGAUGGAGGAUGACGCAAAACCGGUGCGCCAACCGCAAAGGAGAUUGAACCCACCUAUGAUGGAGGUGGUCAAAAAGGAAGUCAUCAAAUUACUCCAAAUGGGGAUAAUCUUCCCCAUAUCCGAUAGCAAGUGGGUUAGUCCAACCCAAGUUGUUCCCAAGAAGACCAGAGUCACGGUGGUGGAAAAUAAACAUGGAGAACUUAUGCCCACCCGAAUUCAAAAUGGAUGGAGGGUAUGUAUAGAUUACCGUCGCCUCAACGCGGUAACUAGAAAGGAUUUCUUUCCUUUACCCUUCAUUGAUCAAAUGCUUGAGGGGCAUAAAUUCUAUUGCUUCCUUGAUGGCUAUUCCGGGUACUUUCAAGUGCCCAUAGCCCCUGAAGAUCAAGAAAAGACCACUUUCAUUUGUCCUUUUGGCACCUUUGCAUAUCGACGCAUGCCAUUUGGACUUUGCAAUGCACCGGCCACCUUCCAAAGAUGUAUGAUGAGCAUAUUCUCUGAAUAUGUUGAGCUUUUUAUGGAGGUCUUUAUGGAUGACUUCACAAUCCAUGGAGACUCAUUUGAUUCAUGCUUAUGUCAUCUAUCUCUUGUGCUCAAAAGUUGCUUAGAAUCAAACCUUGUUUUGAAUUCUGAAAAAUGCCACUUUAUGGUGGAAGAAGGAAUUGUUCUAGGGCAUGUGAUCUCAUCCAAAGGGAUAGAAGUUGACAAAGCCAAAAUUGAAGUCAUCCAGUCACUCCCUUACCCUACCACCGUUAGGGAGAUACGAUCUUUCCUUGGACAUGCAGGUUUUUACCGGAGAUUCAUCAAAGACUUCUCAAAGAUUGCAUCUCCUUUGUGCACUCUUUUGCAAAAGGAGGUGGAGUUCAUUUUUUCCGAGGAUUGCAAGAAGGCCUUCAAAACUUUGAAGGAAAAACUAGUGACUGCUCCUAUCAUUCAAGCACCCGAUUGGUCUCUCCCUUUUGAGAUCAUGUGUGAUGCUAGUGACUAUGCGGUCGGGGCCGUUUUGGGCCAAAAGGUGGGAAGAGCUUCUCACGUGAUCUACUAUGCAUCCACCACACUCAAUGAUGCACAAAGAAACUACUCCACCACCGAAAAAGAAAUGUUGGCCGUCGUCUAUGCACUUGAAAAAUUCAGAUCAUAUUUACUUGGAACCAAAGUGAUCAUUUACACCGAUCACGCGGCUCUUAGGUUUUUGAUGACAAAAAAGGAGGCCAAGCCAAGGUUGAUUCGGUGGAUAUUACUCUUGAGCGAAUUUGAUGUUGAGAUCAAGGACAAGAAGGGCAUGGAGAACUUGGUGGCCGAUCACUUGAGCCGUUUAGUCCUUGAUGAAGGAAGUGAUCAUAUCAAAGAAGAUAUUCGGGGGGAAUUUCCCGAUGAGAGUCUUUUCUCUCUUAAGGAAAUUCGUCCUUGGUACGCUCAUAUUGUUAAUUUCCUUGUUCUAAACAGGUUUCCACCAAGCUUCUCUAAAGCUCAAAGAGAGAAGCUCCAACACGAUGCAAGACAGUACGUAUGGGAUGAACCAUAUUUAUGGAAACAUUGCAAAGAUCAAGUCAUUAGAAGGUGCAUUCCUGAAACAGAGAUUGCAUCCAUCCUCGCCUUUUGCCACUCCCAUGCAUGCGGUGGACACUUUGGAGGCAAGCGAACGUCCAUGAAGGUACUUGAAUGCGGUUUUUGGUGGCCGAGCUUAUUUCAGGAUGCCCAUAUCUUUUGUCAAUCUUGUGACAACUGCCAACACAUGGGCAACAUAUCUCGAAAACAUGAGAUGCCACAAGUACCAAUGCUCUACGUAGAAAUCUUUGAUGUAUGGGGAAUAGAUUUCAUGGGACCUUUUCCUAACUCCCAUGGAAAUCUAUACAUUCUUUUGGCAGUGGACUAUGUUUCGAAAUGGGUGGAAGCAAAAGCCACCAAAACCGAUGAUGCCAAAGUAGUGGCAGACUUUAUCAAAGCCCGCAUCUUCUCAAGGUUUGGAGUCCCGCGCAUUUUGAUAAGUGAUAGGGGCACUCACUUCCACAACAAAACUGUGAGUGCCUUGUUGAAGAAAUAUGGUGUUACCCACAAGCUCUCCACCGCCUAUCACCCGCAAACAAACGGCCAAGCCGAGGUCUCAAACAGGGAGUUGAAGUCUAUACUCCAAAAGAAGGUGAACCCUAACCGUAAAGAUUGGAGUCUUCGGAUAGAUGAUGCCUUGUGGGCAUAUAGAACCGCUUUCAAAACACCAAUUGGAAUGUCUCCCUAUAGACUUGUGUUCGGGAAGGCCUGCCAUCUCCCGGUCGAACUUGAACAUAAGUCUUAUUGGGCGGUAAAAACAUUCAAUCUUGACAUGGAGCAAGCGGGGAUGCAAAGGAAGCUACAACUCCAAGAGCUAGAGGAACUUCGACUUGAGUCCUAUGAGAACGCCGCCAUCUACAAGAAAAAGACAAAGGUAUGGCAUGACAAAAUGAUAAUGAGAAAGGACUUCCAAAUCGGAGACAAAGUCCUUCUCUUUCUCUCACGCCUUCGUCUUUUCCCCGGUAAACUGAGGUCACGAUGGGAAGGACCAUUCGAGGUAGUCAAAGUCUACCCCCACGGAGCAGUUGAAAUAAAGAGCCUCGACACCGGCAAAAUCCUCAAGGUUAACGGACAUCAACUCAAACCGUUCCUUGAAAGUUUUUCAAAAGAAAGCGUUAAAUGCAUGGAUCUCGUCGAUCCAAUCUAUGAAGGAUGAACUAUACCAUGGCGUCGUGCCGCGACGUUAAAUUAAGCGCUUCUUGGGAGGCAACCCAAGUAAGGUAUGUUUUCUUUUCAACUUAUUUCAUUAUGUGUGCGUGUCAAAAAUAAAAAAAAUGAAAAAAAAAAUGUAUCUGGGGACAUGCCCGAUCGAGUACUCUGUAAUACUCGGUCGGGUAUGGGUAAAAAAGUGGACCCGGUUUCCAUACUCGAUCGAGGUGCAGAUCAAUUUUCAAAGAUACAGGCAUACUCGAUCGAGUAUUGUAACAUACCCGGUCGAGUAUGCCUGGAAAAUCAACUCCAUCGGAAGCCUGUCUUUGAGGCCCGAUCGAGUACAUACCCAUACUCGGUCGAGUAUUUGUGGAAAAACAACAGCAAUAAACCCCUGCCACCUAUACCCGAUCGCGUACAUAUCCAUACUCGGUCGAGUAUGUGUGAAAAAUAAACUUUUCUGCCCCACUGCCUCCGGUACCCGAUCGGGUAUACAGGGAUACUCGAUCGGGUACCCCUGCGAUUUAUACCCAAACAACACCCAAAAACACUUCAUCUUCCCCAAACAAACUCCCAACUUCGAACCCCUCUCCCCCAAACCUCCAUUUUUCAACCUUCUCUCUACCAUAUCUCCCUCAUUUCUUCACCAAAUCACCCCAUUUUACCACCAAAAUACUCCCCUCACUCUCCUCUCCAUAUCUAUACCCAUAAAUCCCAUUUUUCCCAAACAUCCACAAAAUCCAAAAAAACCUACCCCAAAUUCGAAUUUUUGGAUUUCAAACUCAACAUCAUCAACAAUGGCUCCAAAGAAGGACAAAGGGCAGAGUUCUAGAGCUAUGGCACCCAUCCCGGGUUUCGAGGACCUCAUUCCCGCCGACAACGAUCACCGAGCCCGACUCCUCACCACCGUAAAAAGGCAAGUAAAACCCUCCCGCUUUCUAUGCCAUGAUGCACUACGUGAAUUAGGAGUGUAUAAGAUUAUGAGGAAAUUCUUUCAUGAGUUGAACAUGGACCUUGUUUUCAAUAUGAAAUACAACUCAAAUGAAAGGAUUAUUUAUGAAUUCAUGAGUUCAGUGCACUUUGAAAGUGAUGAGGCGGAUUUUAGGGAUGAUAGACUCGAGUUUCGUCUGUUUAACCGAAACUAUUCGAUAACGAAACUCGAGUUUUCCGAACAUUUUGGCAUCCCCGUCCCCUACGAAAGGUCCAUCUCCGAUAACACCAUUUUUGGGCAUUCCCUAUGGACCAAGAUGACUGGGGAAGUGAACUUUAGCUCCUCCCAAAUGUAUAUAAGUCAUGUCCAACACCCCAUCCUCCGGUUGUUUUUGAAAUUCUUGGCAAAUUGCUUGCUUGGGCGGCCCAACAACCACCACACUAGGAUAGGGGAUGUGUGUUUGAUCUCCGUAGCCUUAUUUCGUCGUCAUGUGGACUUCAAUUUGUGCAAUCUCAUUUGGGCACACAUAAAAAAGGAAAGCGUGGCAAAAGGAGCCAUUGUAAUGGGUGGGGUAAUCAUGCACUUGGCAAGCAAGUUCGGGUAUACGGAUAACUCUCCUAUACCCGACUAUUGUUUGAUGGACAUAGGUUGGCUAGGCCGCUCGGGAUGCACCGCUUUCUCCCAUACGGUCUAUGAUGGGGAACGACAAAAGAACAUGUAUAAUUGGAUCAUACACACCAAACCGGUCCAAUACUUUCUAAUGCCAAACCGGGACCUCCCCAAAAUAACCUAUAGACCAGAGUUCGAAGUGCCCCACUACUUAUUCUCACACGCCCUUCCACCACAUCUCCAAGAACCACAAGCCCAAGAUCUCCCUGAAGACCAACCCGACCAAGAACCUCAACCCGAAUACCACGAACCCGAAGUUGCACAUCACCACAUGCCCGAACCGAACCAAGCUUCCCCACCUCCCGAUUACUUCCAACAACUGCUUGAAGGAUUCAACAAAGUUACCAAUGAAGUUGGCAAAUAUCGGGAGGAACAACGGGCGGGAUUUCAAAGACUCGAGGAGCAACGGGCCGAAGACAACCGCAGAUAUGAAGAAGAUCAACGUAGGUUUUAUGGACCUAUGUACUCUUACAUGGCUCAUCAAGGCCAAUUCCAUACCAUGGCUCAACCACCCCCACCCCCCUCUUGGUAUGACCCCACUCAAUGGGGCAAUUUUAGAGGAUCUAGCUCCGGGGGUGGCGGUUUUGAUGGCGGGGAUGACAUAGACACUCACAUGGGCGACGGGAAUUUUGGAGGAGGCUUUGGAGGCGGAUACUAUGGCGGCGAAGGCGGGCACUAGGGACAGUGCUUGGACUGAGAAGGGGGGAGACUCCUCAUGGAACUCAUUUGAUCUCUUAGAAGAAGAAGAAGAAAAAGGAGAAGAGGAAGAGAAGAUGAACACUAGAAGACCAUAAAACCCAAGAUGAUAUUUGUAAUUUGAGCAUUAAAACUCAUAUUUUAUCUUUGGUGGUCUUUGUGUUUUUAUCUUGUUAAAACUAUUGAAACUCUGGGAGUCUUUACACUUGUAAACAUUGAACUUUACUCGAGGACGAGUAAAGAACUAAGUGUGGGGGAGUUGAUACGUUUGUAAUUUCCGUGUGUUUAUUUACAUUUUUAGUUAGUUUUGGUUGUUUAGUAUUUCGGAAAUUACACACUUUCGGUGUAAUAGUUUAGUUUGUUAAGAUUCUUGUAAAUUGUUUAGAUUAGGAUUAUUCUGAGCUCAAACAGGUCUAACAUCACUCAAGGACAGUUGGUGAACCCCAAAAGUGGAAGGAAGGUGCAAAAUCACAAGACAAAAGAAGGAACUCCUUAUUUUUGUCUAUACUCGGUCGAGUAUCUCCUAUACUCGAUCGAGUAUCUGGUUGAAAUUUCAAAUCGGAUCGGAUCCGAAAACAAAGGAACAUGCAGAAGAAGAUUUCCC